UGCACUGGAUUUUAAAAAAUCAAAAUGCUGCUGCUCUUUCUGGUAGCUAUCACCAUACCGAGUUCAUCUCCUAACUCAGAUCCUGACCUCUCCGCGGAGACCUGCAGCGCUUGCUCUUGCAUGUCCAUCGAAAACGUCCUCUAUGUGAACUGUGAGAACAUUGCUGUGUACAGACCGACCCAGCUGAAACCCCCAGCCUCCAGCCUCUAUCAUCUAAAUUUUCAACACAACCUACUGAUCAUUCUUUAUCCUAACUCAUUCCUCAAUUUCUCUCAUGCAGUUUCACUCCAUUUGGGGAACAACAAAUUGCAGAGCAUUGAAGGAGGGGCUUUCCAUGGACUCAGUGCUCUGAAACAGUUGCACUUAAAUAACAAUGAAUUAACUGUGCUCCGGGCUGACACUUUCCUAGGCAUUGAGAACUUGGAAUACAUCCAGGCUGACUACAAUGUAAUCAGAUCUAUUGAACGUGGAGCCUUCAAUAAACUGCAUAAGUUGAAAGUGCUCAUCCUUAAUGAUAAUCUUAUUCCGGGCCUCCCUGAUAACAUUUUCCGCUUCGCUUCACUCACACAUUUGGAUAUUCGAGGGAACAGGAUACAAAAGCUAUCUUACAUUGGAGUUUUGGAACACAUUGGCAGAAUUGUGGAAUUGCAACUGGAUGACAACCCCUGGAAUUGUACCUGUGAUUUGUUACCCCUAAAGGCCUGGUUGGAGAAUAUGCCAUAUAAUAUCUAUAUAGGUGAGGCCAUAUGUGAAACGCCAAGCGAUCUAUACGGGAGGCUUUUGAAAGAAACUAAUAAGCAGGAACUGUGCCCCAUGGGAACAGGUAGUGACUUUGAUGUCCAGAUGCCACCAGUGCAGCCGGAAAGUGGACAGACCGCUCCUGAUAUCGAGCCAACUGUGAUACAAGGCAUGGUUACCAAAGCACCGAAGACAACAAAUCCCUCAAAGACCUUAGGGAUUGUUGCAGGAAAUCUUAACCAAAACCUGACAUAUCAGACGAAGAUCCCCCCAGUUUUCUUCUGCCCACCACCCUGUACAUGUAAGGCACAUCCUUCUGAUUUUGGCAUCAGUGUCAGUUGCCAAGGAAGGAAUAUAGAAAAUCUUGCAGAUCUGGUACCCAGGCCACCUAAUGCCAAGAAACUGCACCUCAGCAGCAAUUACAUAAGAGAUAUCGGCUUAGAUGAUUUCCGAGGAUUUGAAGGUUUGGAUUUGCUACAUUUGGGCAGCAAUCAGAUAGUGACAGUUCAGAAAGGAGUGUUUGCCAAUUUGACCAACCUCCGCAGGCUUUAUCUGAAUGGUAAUCAGCUGGAGCGUCUUUACCCUGAAAUGUUCCUCGGGCUCACUAACCUCCAGUACUUGUACCUGGAAUACAAUGCCAUAAAGGAGAUAUUAGCAGGGACAUUCGACCCCAUGCCCAAUCUGCAGCUUUUGUAUCUGAACAAUAAUGUACUGAAGAGCCUCCCAGCUUAUAUAUUUGCUGGCAUCUCUCUCGCCAGGCUGAAUCUGAAGAACAAUCACUUCCCCUAUCUGCCUGUGAGUGGCGUUCUAGACCAGCUCAGAACUCUCACUCAGAUCGACCUGGAAGGCAAUCCCUGGGAUUGCACUUGUGACUUAGUUGCUUUGAAAUUGUGGCUGGAGAAGCUUAGCGAUGGGGUAGCUGCCAAGGAGGUCAAAUGUGCAUCGCCUGUCCAGUUUUCUAAUAUAGAGCUGAGAUUACUGAAAAAUGAAAUUUUAUGUCCCAAGCUCAUAGCAAAGCCCCCAUUGAUCCUAACCGGUCCCACUCCUGUUGUGACCUCCAUGUCCCCAGAAGAUGUGGGCAAAAUGCCCCCAGGGGGACCAGUUCCCCUGUCCAUCAUGAUCCUCAGCAUUCUAGUCGUCCUGAUCCUCACUGUUUUUGUCGCGUUCUGCCUUCUCGUCUUUGUGCUGCGCCGAGCCAAGAAGCCUGCAGGCAGGCACGAGGGACUGGGCAACCAGGAGUGUGGCUCCAUACAGCUUCAGCUCAGAAAACGUGACCGCAAGUCCAAUAAGGCAGACGACCUGGGUGGGGAGACUUUCAUUCCCCAAACCAUCGAACACAUGACCACAAGUCACACAUGCGGGCUAAGGGACUCUGAGUCGUGCUUGACAUUUGCUGACUCUCAAAGGCUUUUUCUUAGAAGUGGUGCCGACAAGGACAUGGACCCACUGGAUCCCAGAAACAGAGGACUGGGCUCCAUAGAUGAGCUGGAUGAGUUUUUACCAGGAAGGGAAUCAAACAUGUUCCUUCACAAUUUUUUGGAAAAUAAAAAGGAUUUCAACAGUAUAGGAAUAAGUGGUUUUGAGAUCCGUUACCCUGACAAACCACAGGACAAAAAAAUGAAAAAAUCUCUCAUAGGGGGAAACCAUAGUAAGAUUGUGGUUGAGCAACGGAAAAGUGAGUACUUUGAACUUAAGGCAAAGCUGCAAGGUACGCCAGACUACCUUCAAGUGCUGGAAGAGCAGUCGGCCCUUAGUCGAAUGUAGGCCACCCAUGUACCCCACAAUGAGAAAAGUGCCUUUUUGACUUAAGAAUUACAUAAAUUCAUAGCUACCAUUGAAACAUGUUUCCAAGAGGCUGCAUGGCAAAAUCAGAUCACUUAUGAUACGUAGACAUACUGCAGCUGUGACUUUGUUGCAGAUGCAGCCUUAAAAAAAAAAAAAAAAAAACUAAAUUCAGUGAUGGUAUGUACAAAUUGAUAUAAAUAUAUGGUUCACAUUGUUAGAUAUUGAAAUUCAGCCCUUAGCACCAGUAAUAAGUUGCUGCUAAAUAAGUACUUUGGGUUUAUUUUUUUCCUUCUUUUUUAACCAAAUUAAUUAGGUAUUGAAACCAAUUUAUGUACCUCAUGUUUGAGCUUAUGCUUAUUUCUUGCUCUUGGAAGCAUUGAAGGGAAUUGUGGAAAUUUGGAAUGUCUAACAGUACCAAAAUUGGAGAUCCUAAUGUUUGACUGGAAACAGGUUUGGAUCUCUUCAUACUGUAUUUUAUACCUGGCAAAUCCAUCUGCCCUACAGUUUGGAAUUUACCUUGCCACGACUGGUUGUGCAACAUUUGUAUUCAUUUAUAUAAUGGAAAGGCAUGUACAAACUAAACGGUGAAUUUUGUUUUUCAAUUGCAGAUUCAAUUAAAUGUUUAAAGGAUAGUUGUUUUAACAAAGGUGGUUUCUCUUGAAAUGUUUGGGCAUUUACAUGUGAGGCCCUAAAAGCCCAAAUGAACAGCUGCUUGCCAUGUAAGCUUACCUGAAUUUCUUUUGUAAGUCUACAUUAUUUGUAUCUGUUUGUAAAGAUAACAUACAAAAUAACAUACUCGAGAAAAUCAGAUACGGAAAUUAAAUGACAAAAGAAAAAAAGGAAAAAAAAUACCAGUAAUGACCACUGUCAAUUUGUAGUACAUAACUUCAUAUUUAAUGUAUUUUUAUAUACAGGGUUAUUUAAGAUAUUAGUAUUGCUAAUCAUCAUUUAGAAUGUUUGAAGUAAUUCAAGUGAGGAGUCACUGAUUUUGAAGUUGCUUUACUAACCUGACUUGAAGUGUAGGCUUCGGUAUUUUGAUCUGAUUUUCUGGCAGGGUUCUACUGAUGGCUUCGGGUUAGGGGAGAGGCACAUUCUGGCUCAUUCUGAGUAACAAUAAUCCAUGCCAUAUUCUGUUGUUGUGCUAAUGUCUGAUAGCAUAUCACACACCAAUGUUCUAAUCCUUAAAUCCUAUAGUAAUUUGUAAAUGUUAUAAUAUCCACCCAAAUAAAUCUUCAUCAAAAUAAUAGGGUCUGGACACAAUGUACAGGAGAAUAGAACAGCAGUUUUUGAAAUAUAAAUUUGGAAAAAAAUAUUUUCUUUACAUAGCUACUGAUAUGAUCAGACUCAUAUCGCAUACCAUGUGCAAUAUUAUACUCAAUCAUAUAAUAUGCUUAAAUGAUUUAUUUUUCAGUCUUUUGAGAUUAUAUUGUGGAGGUAACUUCUGUUGUUCUUGGGAUGUUUUCCUUCUUAUUUUUAUCAGGUCUUUAUUUAAAAUAAUGUUAAGUUAGAGAAUCUGAAAUAGUACAUAUUUUCAUUUAAAAACAAGGGAACAGAAUGUACAUUGAAGGGUAUGUUUUCUAUGAGGCUGUAUGUUGGUUAGUUGUGUAAAUCUUUUGAGCUCAAGGUGUUGGCUCCUAUGUUGCACUGUGUUUUAAUUUUGUUCUCUUUCGUCCACUGUAUUUUGCCGAAUUUAUUUGAUUAAAGUCGAUUUUCUGAGUUACAAGCCCUGAAUGUUUAUCAAGCAAUCUGUAUGAAAAAAAAAUCAUUUUGAGAUGUUAGCUGAAUUUAAAAUGAAAAUUUUUAAAUGUCAUUACAGGCAUUUUGGAAUUAUGAAUGAAAUAAUAUUGAUAAGAAGAGGAUAAAACGAUCCAGUGGAAAUCCAGUUCCCUGGGCACUGCUAUUGCCAUGAAGUGUGUCUGUGAAUACCUGUGCUUUGCUGGAACCGUUUUGCACUUUGCAUGUAUUGGCUGGAUUAGGUCCUGGAUUAAGGUCUUCACAUCUUCAUAACUGUACAUCCCACCACAAAUAUGAAGUUGGCAAUGCUUGGCAAGUUGGCAUUGCUUCUAAUUAGAUGUCCCUGUUCUGCCUAAAUUCAUUUUUAGGACAAACUUUGAAUUGAACCAAAAAUAAAAUUGUGUGACAAAUAUAUAACGGACAGGAGGAGAUUGUUAAAUAUGUAAAUUCAGUAAAGCUCUAAUUAAAUGUCCUCACAUGUUUUUAAAAACAAUACUGUCACAGCACAGUAUUCAUUUAAGAAAAUAGAGCCAACUCAUGAAGGUAAAUCAAUGUAAAAUGUAGACAUUUUUAUGUAUUUUAUCCUUAAUGGGAACUUGAAAUAGAGAUGCUGGAAAUGUGUGGCACACCCCUCUUCUUUGUUUCAGGAUUGGCAGUAGUUUUAAUGAUGAUAUGAUGGCUUUUUGUGGUCUGAUUGAUUUUAAGCCAGUCAUCAGUAGGGUUCAAUAGGAGGACAAAGAAAAUAGCAAAAUGGGUAGCAUUCACACUCUCAAAUAUUGUGAAUAUUUUGUCUAACGUUGGCACAAUGAAUCGCUAUUCUUGCCCACAGACAAGCUGAUCUUUUUUAAAGAAUAUACAAUGCCUGAUCAGCCAUGCCUGAUCCUGAACUGUUGUCUUGUACACUUAGUGUGUGCUUGAGUUUCCAUGGUAACUGUGUAAAAGAAAGGUCCAAGCCAGUGACUAAUCCUCAUUUUGCUUGAAUACUGUAUUUAAUAGCCCUGCUAUGGCAUUGUGUUUUGGUCUCAAAAUAACUAAAUAUCUUCACGCUAGGGUUAAACAAGGAAAACCUAAAAAUAAAAGUCACUAUCUACAUAUUUACUGUGCAUUAAUUGAAAAGGUACUUGAGAGAGACUAGCUGUGUAUUAGCAGUCUAGCUAGCUGUAACCCUAUCUUGCUUCUUGUGCUUGCCAUCAUGGGAUCAGUGAGCUGGCUUAUUAAAAUUAUAUCUUGUCAGUUUUGCAGAUGGAUAUUGGCUGCAACUGCCAUCAUCACUGGUGUCAGAAUCCUAUCCCAGAGGGCUGCAGUGUUAGCUAGGUUUUGGUGUGUUUCAGCACCAGUGAUUUAUUUUUGUCAUUAAGUUAUAGGUGAGUCCACAUACUGUAUAUUAUUCUCAAGGUUUUAAUUGGCUGAUACCCUUGAGCUACAUGAUACUACAUAGCUCACUUACUAGCAUUCCAACUUGUUUUCUGCAUUGCAAGUUAUUUUUUUCAUUAUUAUUAAUUUGACUGUGGAGGCUAGCGUGUCCAGGAUGUCCUCAUCCAGGAUGUCUGUACAUGCUGAUCACAGUCACUGCAGCUUCAUAGAGAUAAUGCUCAAAAUAUUGUGCUAAGACCUUAAUUCAAGGAUGGAGUACCAUUAUAGCCAUAACUCUUGAAAUAUGACAAGACUGAAAAAGAAUAUUAGAGAUGUAGCCAUUUUCAGGCUCUAUUUUUGUAUACUUGAAUGCAUUCAGUGAGUAUUUUAACCCUUUCUCAUUUCAGUAAAAUAUGAACUAGUGUAAAAUCAGGAUAUAUUUAUUCACUGAAGCUAUUUUGAACAUUCAGAUAAGUACAUUUUAUUGCUUCUGCAAAACAGGAAGCAGCAGGACUGUUUGUCAGUGUGGCAAAUAUUCAAGACUGGUUCAAGGGAAUGUCUGUUUUCAUUUGAAGUAUUAUAUAAAUGGUACCUAUAUAUUGUGUGUUCUAAGGUUAAUAAUUUUGAUUCAGUUGUUUAAUGCAGUGUAAACUCAAUUACAGUUGUUUUAUAUUUGCUUUUAAAGUGCACUUUGGUUCAGUUUUUUCCCUCUGCUGUGUCCAGAGAGCCUUGCCAUUUCAUUUUUGUAAUUUUUCAACUCAUUACUUGUUUUAUUUGUUCAUCUGAAAUCAAUAAAUAAAUAGUUGCAAUUGGCAGCAAUUGUCA